AUGCCGAUAUAUGCCAUAUAUUCAUUUUGCCAUUUGGCUUUCUUUGAUCCUGACCGACAGUCGACGGAUACGGCUUGGCAUGCCAGUUGGCAAAACUUUGCCAAAUGGCCUGUGCCAACAAAAAGUCCACAUCACCCUUGGCAAUGCCAUUUGGCAAAGCCAUAUGGCAUAGUGUGGACGAGCCUUUACCCACCAAAACCACAGUUUAAAACGGCCCUUUUCAGGGCCACCAAAAUUUAA